UAUAUGUCACAAAUCGUAAUUGUUGUAACCGUAAUUAGGCUGGUGCAUGGCAUGUACAUAAGAAGAAUGUACUGCUUAAAGGUGCUGUGACUUACCUUAGCAGCAAGACUGAAAAGCCACACAGAAAUGCACAAAGAGAACAUCUACAGAGUCUAAAACAAGGAUUAUUUGUUCAUUUCAUAAUGUAAAGGUUCAAUAGGAUUAAAGGACCUGGAAUCCAAUAUUAAAAGAAAAUUAAAAGAAAUGUAAGUAAUCUUUAUGAACUGGGUAUUAGAGGCAUUAUUUCAAUUACUUUGAAGGUAGAUUGCUUUCUUUCCUUUUAUCAGAAAUACUUACAGUAUUACAAAUCAUGUAUUUAUCUGGUAAACUGCUGCAGCAGCUGAUCAUGAGUCAAAGGCGAGAGAAAAUUAAAUCUGGGAACAUGAGAUAAAUGCAUAAUUCCAGGAAUCAAAACCUUAUAAGGAUAUAACUUUCCUCAUAGUGUAGUAGUACUGCAACAUCUCUUCCUAAGAACUGACACAGCUGGAAAGAAACAAGCAAGAUCAGACCCUGUAGCUCGGAAUGAUUCAAUCCUUUUUGGAUCUCUCCCACUAGAGCUUUCUUCCAAAGUGUUAUUGAUGUAUAAACUUUUGCAGCUUCUCCAUGAUAAAAUGUAACUGAUGAUCCUAUUAACUCCAGGGUAUAAAAAAAGGAGGUUAAGCUUCAUAGGUAAGGAGAGAUCUGAUGUGUGUGUGUGUGUGUGUGUGUAGGGACAAAACUCUGUCUCGCAGGGUAUGCCACAUCAGCAACUGAUGUCACUUAGCUGCUUUCUUUUAACAAGCGUAAUUCUAGCUCCAGAGAUCCUGUGGUAGUAGUUAUCAGAGCAGAGGGUCACUGGAACACCAGCAUAGGAAUGAGUAUGAUGUGAGACAUUAGUGGAUCUCUUUCAACCUCAUAGAUUUUAAAGGUUUUCACCCUGUCAUUCAGAAAAGGAUGUGGAAGAUCAGGAAGUUGUCCUAUAUCUUCCAGGUGUUGCAGUCCUCCAGGGGGGGCUGAUCUGGCCCUAAAUGUGUAGGUCUACAUGUCCUGCUAUAGAACUGUUAAGAAAUAUCUUACACGUUCUUAAAUUUCUCAACAGUUUCCCAGAUUAUGCUUUCCACACAAAGCCAGCUAAGGCCUGCUAGCAGAUGAGAUUUUUUUUCUCUCUGUUGAUGUCAAUGCAUUGCAGAGCUGCAGCUGAAGCAUGUCUGAUUGCCAGGACCUCACAAGGUGACAAUCCAGAACUUCAGUGGGCAAGGCCAGGCAGGCAAAGCCUUGGACACAGGCAGCAUUCUAAUUAGCGGUGCCAAAACAGCUACUUUUCUGUUUAUUUCUUGUUUCCUUAAGAGUAAGCAGCUGGUAGCUUGCAACAGUUAGCUUAGCUGGAACAGGUGACAAAUGUAAACAGUAGUAGAAGAACAGAGCUGACCCGGAACAGUCUAAGGAUGAAUGCUCAUUUUGGACAAUUAUUAAAAUGCAACAAGUUUUAAAGGCUUUCCCAUGCCAAUUACUUUGAAGCUGGUAAGAAAAUCUGAGCCUUGAAGUAUGACAGCCAGAGGUGUCUUCUUUCCGAGGCUGAAAACUGUUGUGCAAACCACUAGAUAAAAAGCUCUCCAUUUUUCAGUUCAACCAAACCAGUUAGUGAUGGGUGGUGAGGAAACUGCUGGCAAAAUGCCUCAGCUGCCAAGACCUUCGGGGUUAGUUAUUAAACCACAGUGGGUAGAGCCCAUCAGCGUACACUUCUGUGGAACUGGGGCAGCAGGGUAAAGCUCUGCAAAGUGCUUCAUCAUGUAUGGAAUUUCUAAAUAAACAAUAAAUGGGCUGUAUGCUGGGCUCUGAGUGCCAUGUAUAGUACUGACAGCUUCCUUGCUUCCUCUUUCCUUCGUGAGCUUUGCUAAAAACAAGUAUGUGUUGUCUAAGAGAAUAACAUUCUGUUGUUUUUAUGUGGAAGAAACUUCAAUGUAAGAAACUCUAGAGUUUGCUUGGAUUAUGCAAACCUGUCUCCUGCUACCUGAUUUCAUCAGAGCUCUUUGACAAGCAGCAUAAAGUGAUAUAAGCAAGAAGAACAGAGAUGCAGAGCAAUACGGAAGUAAAGCUUGUUAGCAUUGAUGCAGCGGAAAUAGCAGAUGGAAAUUCCUCUCUGGUACUUGGACUAAUAUGGAACAUAAUCUUGUUUUUUCAGAUUAAAGAGCUGACAGGCAACCUCAACAGGAAUUCCUCCUCAUCCAGCCUCUCGUCUGGGCCCAGCGGGCCAGAGUCAGACACGUCUUAUCCCAGCACUCCUAAUGUAGAGAGAAGCAUGUCUGUCACAGUGAAGGACCAGCGAAAAGCCAUCAGAGCCCUUUUAUUCUGGGUUCAGAGGAAAACCAGAAAAUACGGUGUUGCAGUUCAGGACUUUGCCAGCAGCUGGAGGAGCGGCCUUGCCUUCUUAGCUAUCAUAAAAGCAAUAGACUCCACUUUGGUAGACAUGAAGCAUGCACUGGAAAAAUCAGCUAGAGAAAACUUGGAGGAUGCUUUCAGCAUUGCACAAAACAAGCUGGGUGUUCCUAGGCUCCUAGAGCCAGAAGAUAUAAUGGUGGAAUCUCCCGAUGAGCAGUCCAUUGUGACCUAUGUGGCCCAGUUUCUUGAACACUUCCCAGAGCUGGAGGGAGAAGACUUUACAGAUCCUGAGAAGGAGCUUCCAAUUGAAUCUACGUAUGUUCACAUCAAAGACACGCCUUCAGAAAAGGAAAGCAAAAUCUUGAUUUUAAGGGAAAGUGACAAAAACAUGUAUACUGUAAAUCAUGAAAGGAGUCACCCUGCUCCUCCAAAGGUUCAUAUUCAUGAUACCCCUGAGAGAAUACUGUCAGAAACCGUUCCUGAAGUGUGUAAUGGCAAAUUGAGUCAAGUGUUAAGUGAUUGCCAGGAAAUCUCUGAAGAUGAGCCACAAAGGCCUACUUCACUGAAAAUUACAGGCUCUGUCAGUUUUGAAUCCAGUUCUUCCUGGGAAGUUCUUAGUGAUAAAUUGAUGCCAGGUGAUGGUGGCGUAUCUGAUGAUCCACUGAAACAGAAUGAUGACCUUUCUCCGGCUGUUCUGACUGAUCAGAAAAAUUCUGUUGACUCUUUUGAAGACUACUCUGAAGAAUUAACUAAAGAAACCUAUACUGAAUACGACAAUGAAACAAAGAGCCUUUCAGCCAAUACUUCUUCUUUAAGUCCACUGUCCUGGACUUCAGGUAUACUUACAGAUGAAUCUAUAAAUAAAGUAGAAGAGAGCAAUUCCCAAAAUUCAAUUUUUUUACCAGAAGUUACCUCAAAACAAGAAGAUACACAUAAGUAUGUUCUUCAUCUUCUAAAUGAGGAAGUACUGAAACUGCCAGAAAAUGAACAUACAAAGCAAUCGCCUGUCUUGGAGACAACAGAAAAUAAUCAUUGUUCAUUGAAUGGUUCUAAUCUCAAAAGCCAAGAACUAUCUACACCGCUAGAAACAUCUGAUGACUCUCUCUCAGAUGCACCCAAUAAUGGAGAAGACUCAGACAGCUGUGAUGAAGAUGAGUCUUCAGUAGAAGUGCUACCCAGUUCUUCAAAAGUAUCUAUAAUACCCCACGAUCUCUUCUAUUAUCCACAUUAUAAUGUUCCCAUAUCAGCAGUUCUGGAUGCUUAUGUUGAGCCUUGUCUUGAAAGAUACAAUACUGAAAAUGACAAGUCUUUUUCUGAAACAGUAACAGAUAUUUUAUGUGAGGAAGGGGUACUGGCACAGGACUACAAGGAUGAUGCUCCAGAGCCAGGCUUAGGGAAUAAUCCAGAUGUCCCUUCAUCAGAAAUGGGUACUGAGAAUGGAGAGCAGGAAACGAUGGAUAUUAACUGUCAUAGCAGCUCUUUCUAUGAAAAAGAAGUGCCAUUACUAAUAGGAGAGAUAGAAAUUGAAAUAGAUAGCCAAAAGGCCACUGGCAAUGAGGAUUCCAUGAUUCUACAGCAUCCUGAGCAGGCCAUAGGAGACAAUCUGGAUGACUUUGCAACGUUGGGAAUAAGACUGGAAGAAAGUAGUAAUGGAGAGGAAAAAAAGGAAAACGUGAUUGAAGCUGAAGACUUACACACCUUAGAAGUUGGGCAUACUACACUGUUACACGAUGAACUGGAAGAAAUUGCUACUAGUCAGUUCAACAGAACUAAUGACAACGAUUCCAACAUUUAUCUCCGAAAAAGGUUUCCUGAUACUUCUGAUAUGGAAAUCUCUGAUAAAAAGGAGCAGAAGAUGACAGAAAUGGGUGAAAAUCUAUUAAACAUCGGGAUGAAAAAGGACAUGGAAACAAAUGAGACUGCAGCACCUCCUUGCCAGACUCCAAAUGUCGAGCAAUCAGAGCUAUUCUACUUCAUCAUUUUCCUCUGGGUGCUUGUCUACUGCCUUCUAGUCCUUCCACAGCUUUUUAGCUUCAAAGUUUGAUCUCUGUGAGGUGUGGAAAAAUAAAGGACGGUGGCUUGAUUGCUUUAUGUAUCUACAUAUGAGUAUGUUAUUUCAGGUGAAGCACAUGCAGAAAUAUAGGACCUGGUAUUUGUAUUUACUAUCAGGUUCUCCUCAGUUCCUCUACUGUUGUGCUAUGACAGUGUCUAAGCACAUUUUAUAUUAUGACAAUUGUGUAAAUAUAUAUAAAAAUGACCUGAUUUAAUAGUUGCAAUUUUGUACAUUUGUGCCUUGCUUUAUAAGAUGCUAAAUAAAAAUGGAUAAUUAUCAGUAGAACUAUGAACAAUUCAGAGCUCUAGUCUUCAAAAAUUAUUCUUCUGGCUUCAUUUACCCAUGAAGUGUCCAGCAGCAGUGGAAGACUUGUUGUUGUCUUGUCCAUGAAUCUGGCCCUCCUGCAAGAGCAAGCCUUGAAAUGCUCUUUUUCCAUGGAGUUCUUUGAGAGAGAUGGAGGUAGAGCACAGUUGGAGUUGAAACAUUCUCACUGCAGGAAUUAACUAUAAUUCUAGUGGCACACCAGUGGAGCAGCAAAGUCAGGUGGAGGGUUAUUUGUGGAGGGAAGAUUGUUUGGGUUUUUUUUAGGGUUUAAAUUCAUUUUUACCCUGAACCUGUUAGGUUUAAAUUGCAGGAACAAACUGGCUGUGGAGCAGUGCUAACUGCUUCUUAGGAGGGAUCAUGUGAGAAAUGUUAAUCCAGACAUUUCUGUAGAGAAUACCUGAAGAAAUACACUUUGUAUGUUACUGAUGGUGUCCAUCUUUGAAUAAGAUCAGGAACAGAUAGGUGUUGUUUGUUUGUUCUUAAUACUGUACGUCACUGCUGGUGAGACGGCAUCUGAUUCCUUUUUUUCUGAUGCUUUUACUUACCAGAUCAUGUGAAGAUUUCUCUCUUUUAAAGGUAGGUCAUCUAAUUUCCUAAGGCUACUGUUGAAGCACUAGUGCAUUGUUAUGAAAGGGUUAUAAAUAUCCUUUAAGUGUAUAAAUCAGUGACAAAUGUAAAACUCAGUAUAGAUAAAUGCUGACAGCCUUUAUUUACGCUCUAAUAUAACUGGAUGGACUUCCGUGCACAGACAUAGUUAAGCCACUUCUGCCUCUUAAUCUUUAGCCACAUCAGUGAUCACUUUAGGGUAUUUGAUUUAGGUUUUUAGCCAGAGGAAGGGUACCAGUGCACUACAGGGUGAAAGAGAAGUCUUCAAAUUCAAUUCAAUUGCAAUAAUUUCUUAGUCGUCAACAGAGAUUAUCUGGAGUUCUAUUACAGUCUUUCUGGAGGAUUUUACCACUAUCAGAGUUUAGUCAAGGAGAAUCAGUUCCCUUUUGUCUUCUCCCUCCUAAGAAAAUGAAGUGGAAUGAGAAGAUCUUCGGAUGUCCCAUCUAAACCACUGACAUCCAUAAAGAAUGGAAAAGUGGGAGUGGGCUAGCAAUUUCAUUACAAAAUAUUUACUUCCAAGAAGGAAAAAAAAAAAUGUUUUCCUUUUUAAUUCCCUCUCGCUAAUGUUCAGUGGCUCAGGCAGCAAAAUGAGCACUUUAAAUCUCAGACAGCAUGCAGCAAUCGUCUUGAUCAUUUCAUCCAGUCUUUAAGCUGAUGUAUACUUUCCAGCCUGGCCUGUGAAAAGAUUGCUGCUUCUUUCUAAAGCUGAUGAAAAUAAUACUAAAUAAAUCCAUGAUACUUGGUAUUUGGCUGCUUUCCGUAUUAGGGUUUACCUGUUUUUGUUUGUUUGUUUGUUUGUUUUCUGCUGUAACAGAAGCAGUUUACCUUAUUGAGCCAUUUUGUGGGUACAAAUGACUGGAAUGAUACAGAGUUACGAAUAAUACUGCUGUGAUCAGCUGAUUGUGGAAACACUGAACUCUCAAGGAGUUGUGCCGUUAUCUAGAACUUCCAAAAAAAAAAAAAAAAAAAUCUGCCUGAGCAGCAGCAGCUUCCCCCACUUAAAAUGUCAUGUAAUCCUGCGCCAUUCUUCCACUGUGAGAAAUCCAAUCCCUUACUGCAAGUGCCCUCCCUGUUCUGAAAAUGUUGCUCCUUGUUGGACUUUGUGUCCCAUUCUUAGCUUACAGUCUAAAAGCCUGACUGCAAAGCAUUCACUGUAGCAAAGGAUUUUCUAAUGUGCCGGCUAGAAGACUGUCUUGAGGCAUCUGAGAUUUUAAAGGCUGGUGGGCCAUCCUUUGUCUAGCCAGCAGAUUUGUGCAUUGUCUGAAUAAGGAGGUUUUUCCUGAAAAAAGGCCUGGGUUUUUGAAAAGUGCUAAGCUUGAAGUGAUCUCAUUUGAUACUUUGAUUUAGUAGCGGAAUUCAGAUUUAUACGGGUACUGAUCUGAUAAGAUCAUUUAUAAAAUCAGUUCUUGUUGAGCAAGUGUAUGCAUAGUAAGGUAUUGUCAAGUGUAAGUGUUGGGAAGUGCUUGAAGAUUACUGGAUAAAAGGGUGUUUGGUGUUCAGAGAAGCAUCAUUACAGGCUGCAAAACAACAGUAACAGGAUGCUUCAGUGUUGUUCCUGCUGUGUAACUUAACUGCAAAGUGUUUCAUUGCAAUUUUAUAGAAAGUGCGAGAAAUGGUAUAGUAUUAAAGACAAAACCCUGCUAAACAUUUCUGGGGCAGAUGUGUUACAGCUGAAGAAAUGAGUUAAGCAGUCACGUAAUCUACAAAUGAAUGCAGCCUUUGCCAGGUUGUAGGAAACGAUCAGGGCAAGUACAGAUUGCAGUUAAAAAAAAAAAAAAAAAAAAAAAAAAAAAAGACAAUCACUUUUUCAAUGCCGUGAAUAUUUUUGAUGGAUUGAGCUCUAAAAUGUAUUUUAAUUGAGUUUCUAGAUUGUAAUGAAUGUGUCUACAGAAUUUUAUGCAAAGCUCCAGAGUUCAGCUGUUUUAAAAAGAUUUUUUUUAUAUAGCGGUGAUUAUUUUAUCUAUAUAUUUAAUAGAACUGUAAAGCCAUUUUAAGAAUACCUGUAAAACUAUGUGUGUGAUAUGAUUAUUUAUUAAUUAUGACUUAAAAGAAUGAACAUUGAGCUAUGCAUCAGUUGAAUCGUCCAUUUGGAAAAUGGAAACUGCAAACAGAGGAAUAGCUCUUACGGAACAGUAGACUUGAAAAACAUGGGAAAUGAUUUGAACACAACUGUGUGAUUCUUAAAGCUGCAUAGCUGCAUAUCAUUGUGUGAUGUUAACUUUCAGCUAAAUUUGCAAAUUAUACUGAGUGAUUAAGCUACUUUCUUCCAUUAAAACUUCCUGAGGCUGAAAUUUCAACAUGUUAAUAUUUGGUGUUUAACUCACUUAUUUCCUUUACAUCUUCUGAUGAUGGUCACUAUGACUUCUUUAUCAAAGUAGUGAGCCACUGAAUUUACUGGGGCCCAGGGUUUUUUGUUAUUAUUUUUUUUUCAGAGUUUUCUGUACCAAUCCUCACACAGUCAGAGCUUUUAGAAGAGGGAUUUGGCCAGGGUAUGUGCUCUCAUAUUCAACUAUCUAAGAAGACAAUUAGUGCAUUAUCACUUACCGUAGCUUCAAGUACUUGGGAGUCCCUUCUCACCAAGCACAAACAUGAAUGCAUCCAGUGAUGUAUUCAGUUCCUCGACUUCUGUGAAAGUCAGUGUGAUGCAUCUGUGUGCUAAGCACACACUGCAGGAUCUGGCCCUGAGGGGACUUAACUUCCAUCACAUAAGCCAGAAGUAGCCAAAGCCCAUGCAUUGCCUUAGGACUAGAACCCCUCUAAUCCAAGGUACACAAACAAUGCCACAGACUUCAGUUAACCCCUUUAUAUGCAUCAGUUUGUUGCAUAAAUUAUGUAGGACCAAUCCCCUAUUCUUUCUAGGAAGUUACCAUCUGCUACCGGUUUUGAUUAAGAAGACAGCGGCAGGGAACAAAUGGCUGGAACGCAGCAGUAAGGCCGCAGGUUGGAAUGUGCCUGUGAAAGUUCCCAAACCUCCACAGCCAAGAGCUCUGACCUGACAAAAGGCCACCUCCUGAUUCCACUAGGCUAAUAGAUGGUGAACCUGAAAGAAGGAAAAAAAAGUCCCUACGUGUUUGUUUUUCCAUGUUGUGCAGUUUUUGUCAAGUAAAUAACAUCAAAUUCUUCCCCUCUGCAUACUACUGAUGAUGCUAAUUUACAGAUGCCUGACUGAUGAAUGCUCAUAUUCCAGUUUUGUACAUAAAUGGGGCACGCACAAGUGCAAGUUGCUACUCCACACCCCACCAUGGUGGAGCUAUUCAUGCCAGAGGAUGGGAUUUAUAUGCACAUUUAAAGGAUAUCGGAAAAGACAUAUUCUGAAUAGGAAAGCUUGCUUACUCUGCCUGUCUCUUGACACACUACUCUAUAGCUCACAAAAGGUAAAAAAUUAACCUCUUAUUCUCAAGUGCCGUGUCUAUUUAAAGGUUAUCUUAACUGACAUUGUAGACUAUCAAAGCAUUUCUUUCUUCCUCUGAAUAUGAGACAUGGAAAGCUCACUUCCACCUCAGUGACACUUCUGAUGACUCUUUUUCAGACAGCUGCUACUGCUGAUAAUGGAAAAUGAGAAUGGUGUUAUUUUCUCACCACGAGGGGAAUGUCUAAGUUUAUGUCUCUGGAACAUAAAAUUGGCCCCUGGGUGAUUAAUACUGUUCUUUCCUCAUGAAAAGGUUAGAAGGGGCAAUAAAAAUAAUUAAUUCGACCUCAGUGAGAAAUAGUAAAAAAUAACAUUCCAAGAAAGGCUGUGUUCAAGUCAGGUAAUAUUUUACUGCCAAAGUAGUUUCAUUACUUUCAUUGGGCCUUCCUGGAAUCUCUUUGAUUUGUGGAAUAUAUUUGCUCUGUGCCCAAGGAACCAUUCAUACAGUGCAGCUCUGAUCCACAGCUGUCACUAGACUAUAACAGAUAAUCACCAGUGUUUACUUAGAAAUGACUGGUCUAAUUUAAAUCAAUUAACUUUCAAAUUAUGUGCUGUUGAUUUUGUAGAGAAACAAUGAUCUUCUUUUUCUUUUUAAUUUAAUGCUGAAUAACUUACACAUCAAAUACAUCUUUUUGCUAUAAUCAAAAGAAUUCAACCUGUGCUUUUGUAUUGAACAAAACAUGUCUUAGUUUGCCAUACCUCUUCACACUAUUUUAUUCUUCUGUGUAAGAAGCUGAAAAAAAACUGUUUUAGCCUGAUCAAUUUUACCAUUCUUAUUAAAGUUCUUCAAUUUAGGACAAUCUAUACAGUUCUAGUUUGCUAAAGAGUUAAUUAGAGACUUUUAUGCUGAAGAAAACUUUUAUAAGUAAGGGAUGUCAUAUUUAAAAUACAUGUUACCCUGUGGCAAGUGGUAAGGAAUGAAGGUUAUUUAAAUGAGAACAAAUGCUAAGAGGACUUGAUUGGUAUCAGAAGACAUAUUGAAGGAGAUGCGGUUCGGUGUACUUUAAAAUACAUUUCUUCUAAAUGCUUUUGAUCAGUGGUAUGUAUUGAACAUUUGCAUUUGUUGCUCAAAGCUAAUUUUUGUGAGAAAGAAAUGUAUUCUUGUGUAUAGUUGGUACAAUAGCAAAGAAAAUGCUUUUAGAAACUGUUACUCUGUAAUAAGAUUAGUAUUUACUAGUGAAUAGUUCCACUUUAUUUUAUAAAAUCUCCAGUUUUGAAAUAAAUGGACAGGCUUCCUGUACACAAACUGU